UCUUGCAACGACUUUCCCCACUCCUUCUUCCUAUAGCGCCUCCGUCUUUCCAUGUGAACCGCACACACAUCUCUCUCCUCUCCUGAGCGGACUGUGCAUGCACGGGGGGAAUAUGCGCGAGAAGCCCAUCAUGGAAUAGGAAUACUACCUUGGACAAAAUAUACUCUAGACGGGGAAAACCUUCCUCUCUUCUUUUUUUUCUCCUGACGUCUUUCCCCUCCUUCAUCUCUGUCAAUGUAUCGCAACACUUUUUGAGGGGACUCAAGUGAAGAAAUGAUGAGGAUUAAUAUUUUCACUUGGCACUUUUGGGGCUUGUGUUCCGUCCUCUCGGGGUUGGCGACGGGAGCGUUCCCCAGCUCAGUGCAAAUUGGCGGCUUGUUCAUUAGGAAUACUGAUCAGGAGUACACAGCGUUUCGACUAGCUAUCUUCCUUCACAACACCAGCCCUAAUGCUACGGAAGCCCCCUUCAACCUGGUCCCACAUGUCGAUAAUAUAGAGACAGCCAACAGCUUUGCUGUCACCAAUGCAUUCUGUUCUCAGUAUUCAAGGGGUGUCUUCACCAUAUUCGGUCUUUAUGACAAACGCUCAGUCAACACACUGACAUCAUUCUGUGGGGCCCUGCACAUCAGCCUGGUGACACCCAGCUUCCCCACCGAAGGAGAAGCCCAGUUCACCCUGCAACUGCGACCAUCCAUCAGAGGGGCUUUGCUGUCCCUUUUGGACCACUACGACUGGAGCCGAUUUGUCUUUCUCUACGAUACGGACAGAGGUUAUGCCAUCCUGCAGGCAAUCAUGGAGAGAGCAGGGCAAAACGGCUGGCAGGUGAGUGCGAUCUGUGUGGAGAGUUUCAACGAGGCUGGAUAUCGCCGACUUUUAGAAGACCUGGACCGACGUCAAGAAAGGAAGUUUGUCAUUGACCUGGAGCCAGAGCGACUACUGAGCAUGCUAGAACAGGCAGUCAGUGUGGGGAAACACGUAAAAGGCUACCACUACAUCAUAGCAAACCUGGGGUUUAAGGAUAUUUCUCUGGAAAGGUUCAUGCAUGGUGGCGCCAAUGUGACUGGUUUCCAACUAGUGGACUUCAGCAAGCCAAUAGUCAUUAAACUGAUGCAGCGUUGGAACAAACUAGAUCAGAGAGAAUAUCCUGGAUCAGAGAGCCCACCCAAGUAUACUUCAUCCUUAACAUAUGACGGUGUGCUCGUGAUGGCUGAAGCCUUCCGCACUCUUCGUCGUCAGAAAAUUGAUAUAAGUCGACGGGGAAAUGCUGGAGACUGCUUGGCCAAUCCCGCUGCUCCCUGGAAUCAAGGGAUAGAUAUGGAACGAGCACUCAAACAGGUACGCAUUCAGGGCCUUACUGGCAAUAUCCAGUUUGAUCACUUUGGUCGGAGAAUCAAUUAUACCAUGGAUGUGUUUGAACUGAGGAGCAAUGGACCACGCAAGAUUGGUUACUGGAAUGACAUCGACAAACUUGUCUUGGUCCAGAAUGAAAAUUCCUUGUCCAAUGACAGCUCAGCGAUGGAGAACAGGACUGUAAUUGUGACAACUAUCAUGGAGGGCCCCUAUGUGAUGCUGAAGAAGAACUGGGAGCUAUAUGAAGGCAAUGACCAGUAUGAGGGCUACUGUGUGGAUCUAGCCUCAGAGAUCGCCAAACACAUUGGAAUCAAAUACAAGAUCUCCAUUGUGCCUGAUGGGAAAUACGGAGCCAGAGAUCCAGAGACAAAGAUAUGGAAUGGGAUGGUGGGAGAGCUAGUUUAUGGGAAAGCGGAAAUUGCAGUGGCCCCACUUACCAUCACUCUGGUUAGAGAAGAGGUGAUCGACUUCUCAAAGCCUUUCAUGUCUCUGGGAAUCUCCAUCAUGAUUAAGAAGCCUCAGAAGUCCAAACCAGGUGUUUUCUCUUUCCUGGACCCGUUGGCCUAUGAAAUUUGGAUGUGCAUCGUGUUUGCUUACAUCGGAGUCAGCGUGGUGUUGUUUUUGGUGAGUCGCUUCAGUCCAUACGAGUGGCAUGCUGAGGAGCCAGAGGAGGGCACCACAGAGCAGGGCCCCAACGACCAACCUCCAAAUGAGUUUGGCAUCUUCAACUCCCUCUGGUUUUCACUGGGGGCCUUCAUGCAACAAGGCUGUGACAUCUCACCGCGGUCUCUGUCUGGACGUAUUGUGGGAGGUGUGUGGUGGUUCUUUACCCUGAUCAUCAUCUCAUCUUACACAGCCAACCUCGCUGCCUUCCUGACUGUGGAGAGGAUGGUUUCCCCCAUUGAGAGUGCAGAAGACUUGGCCAAACAGACAGAGAUAGCCUAUGGGACACUGGAUUCAGGUUCUACCAAGGAGUUCUUCAGGAGGUCCAAAAUAGCUGUAUAUGAGAAGAUGUGGUCAUAUAUGAAGUCGGCCGAGCCGACCGUCUUCACCAAAACCACUGCGGAAGGCGUGGCGAGGGUGCGCAAGUCCAAGGGGAAGUACGCCUUCCUCCUGGAGUCCACCAUGAACGAGUACACGGAGCAGCGCAAGCCUUGUGACACCAUGAAAGUCGGGGGGAACCUGGACUCCAAAGGAUAUGGAAUUGCUACACCCAAAGGCUCACAGUUAAGAAAUGCGGUCAACCUGGCCGUGCUAAAGCUCAACGAGCAGGGCCUGUUGGACAAAUUGAAAAACAAGUGGUGGUAUGACAAAGGAGAAUGUGGCAGCGGGGGAGGGGAUUCCAAGGACAAGUCGUCUCAGGCCCUGAGUCUGUCAAACGUGGCCGGGGUCUUCUACAUCCUCGUGGGUGGCCUGGGCCUCGCCAUGCUUGUGGCGUUGGUCGAGUUCUGCUACAAGUCACGGGCCGAAGCCAAGCGCAUGAAGCUGUCUUUUUCUGAAGCCAUGCGAAACAAGGCCCGUCUGUCCAUCACAGGAAGUGUGGGGGAGAACGGCCGUGUUCUAACGCCGGACUGCCCCAAAGCCGUGCACACUGGCCACGCCACCCUCCGACACCCUGGCCUUGCAGUGGUCUCCUCCGGACUGCCCUGAAAACCAAAAAAGAUCCGCUGUGCCUUAGUGACACACCAACAUGCAGACUCUGACAUUGAAGGAUCACAUCCAUAUUCAUGAUUUCUUUCCUCAGAUGCCAUACAUUUGACAUCUUUUCCUGCUGCCUCUGACUUGUUUUACUUGAGAACGUGAAAUAGUGGAAAUAGGAAAGCGUGUACUGAACAUUGCUAUAGUUGGCUGCGGAAAACUUUUUUGUUUUGUUUUGUUUUGGAGGAUUCAUCCAGACAAAGUGAUAGAAAAGCCAACACAUACUAAAACGCUGAGCUGUAACUACCAUCAAGAUGAUGAAGAAAAACCUCCUAUCGUGUCGUCACUGGACAGUCAACACCACUCCUCAACAACGCCUUACAAUGACAAACAUUUAUGUUGAUCAUAUUGUCACGGCUAUCGUCAUCUUGCCUGCAAAGUGCCAGGUGUAUCCUCUUCUUAGAAGACCACAAAACUGUAAGCCUGAUCUUUUUUGGACAAGCAGACUUUGCCAUUGAAAUUUAAGAAUGAAAGACUAAGCUUUCUUACAUCUCAUGCAGAAUGAGUUCUAGCCCCAGACAGCAGGGCAGACAGCCACUAUGGAACAGACAAAACCUCCACAUUGCUGUAUGGGUGGCCUACGCGGGCCAUAGAAUACACAUGGGUUUGUAACAUAUCAGUCGUCUUUCACCAAUAGCUUAAUGACCUAGAAAUCCGAAUUAAGUGAUGAGUAAUUUUUUUGCUGCAAAACAAUGUUGAGGGUUCAGUUGUAUGUACAGAGAUGAGAAGAAAAAGUAAAACACGGAAAUUAGCUCAUAAGACUCAAGAGCGGGACCUUAUGGAUGUUUGCAAAUGACCAAAGCAAAUAUCAAUGUGAUCCACAAACUUUAAAUGUCGUUGUCAAUUUAUAACCAAUUUUUGUUCUGACCAAUCAGUCGCAAGCCCUUUUGGGCUAGUGGCUUCGGGAAAGUAGAGUGUGAUGACCAAAACGCGACAAUUUUCCGUACAGUGGCUUAGCGGCCAAUGAAAUAAUGUGUGUCCAAUUCAGUGUCUACAGUCUUUGGAGAACCUAGCCUCUUCCGCCGUCUAGGUGAAGUAUUCAGAGGCAUAGAGACCCUUGUUGAAUAGUGGCUACAGUGGCUACAUGUUGCCAUUACAACUGUCAAGUAAUUUAACAGAAGGUUUGACCGACCAGUACCUAGUAUUAUGUUAAAGUAAAACUUAAAAUAUUCCUUUCCUUCUUCCCCUCAAGUUUGUGCCACCUGAAAAUAGAAUCUUCAGGUAUGGGUGGUCACAAAGGAUAAUAGCAACGUGUCCUCCAAAAAUAGGGAAAAGCCUGAAUUUGGUCUGCAUUUGAAGGAGCCUUCCAAUUAUGCGUAUUUUAACAUGAGGGGCUUUCAAAUGCAGGAUCCUGAAUUGUGACACAGAUAAAAAGCCAGAAAGCUAAGUGCAAGGAAGACCGCGAAUCGGUAAACACUGUGGUAAAACUGAGCAGUUAGAAGUUGAGAUGGUUGUGAAUGGACUAACAAUAGAAUGCUAAAGUGCGCCAUAUCUAUCAAUAUGUCAGAAUGUCAUGCUAGUUCAAAGGACAAAUCAAUCUUUGCACAUUUGCAAACAACUGAAGGUCCCAAUGUCGUCGCCCAGGUUGCAAACCAGUCAUCUAUAAUAUGAAAGCUUUGUUUAAUCUGAAUCAUGUCAACAUGUAGUCCACAUCUUUUUCUCUCGGGUAAUAAAAAGGCAGUUCAAAGCGUUAUGAAAA